GCUCUUGUUUGCCGUUAGCGACACAAUCGUCCGUGUCGAGAACGUCCUCACAUUCAAAGUGCAUGGCCUUCUCCUCUUCUUCCUCCCCCAGGAGGUCCUCGGUGAUGGAGCCCAGCUUGGGCGCACUCCGGCUGCGUUCCACCGGUGGUUUGUAGUAACACUGCCCGUUCAGGAGCUUCCUCAGCGGCACCAGAGGGAUGGACUGCUCCCCGAUGAGUAGCUGCUGCUGGUGCCGGGCGUCAUCGCGGCGUUUGAGUCGUUUGAACUCGGCUAAAGCGGUAGCGGACGUCUGGUAGAGCAGCAGCGCCAUUGCUUUGGCUUUCUCCGGCUUGGAGACCAGCACGGCGUGGCAACGCAGCAUCACCGCCUUGUGUUUCAUUUCGUGGCGGUAAAUCCAAGCGAAGACUUUUGGCAACCUCGGAUCCGCGACGCAGUACGUUAUCCGGUGUAACAGAUAUAAAUGUCCCGGUCUCUUGGCUUUGUCGUCCACGUGCACCAUACGGAUCCCCUGUGAACUGACGGUGAGGCGCAUCUUUGUGCCGUGUCGGCCCAUGUCGCUUUUGCCCCAGAUCUUGCUCACCGCCACGUCGGUGCAGCCGUCGCCUUUAGACUGGAUGGUGGUAGCGUUGCCCAGGUACAGCACCGUGUACGUGGGGUCGUCGCUAGUGAUCUUGACCUUUUUUCUCUUGGACUUGAACAUGUUGCCCACCCGGUUGAGCGCGCUCUCUGGGCAGGACUUGGCGAAGGAGGUGAGCGCAGAGUAGUUGAGACUCACCGCAUAGCCCUUCUGCUUGGACUGCUUGUCUUCCUCGAUCAGGUCGAACUUGUUCUUCUUCCAGGGAAGCAUUUUAGAACCUUUUCCAGCCAAGACUUCUACUGGGAGAGAAGGACAAAUCAACUUUUUUUUUUUUUUUAGCACUACUAAGUGUAAGAAUGAUUGGUUCUAGUCCAAGUCAAGUCAUGUGUGAGCUACUCUAGGACAGGCAAAGACACCGUACUUCAUGCAUCCAUCCUCUAAAGUGCUCCAUUGCUGCAUGUUGCGCGUUUAGUUGACACACUGAAUAGGAGGGGACCAGCCUGGGAGUGUAUAUACUGGAAGAAACCAUUUCAGGAUUGUAGGGGUGGACCGAACCACCGGCUGUUUACGUGUGAUGCAAGGCUCAUACAUGUUUAUACUGCCAUCUUUCGGUUGGUAUGAUACCUGCAUUUUCUCAAUGGUAAACAUUUACUCUUUUUUUUUUAAAUAAUGUCUUUAAAAAUUUAAAUAUUUUUUCUUGUUAUGAUAAGUACUGUGCGGCGAACUGAAUUGUCCCGCCAGUACUCGGGUGUUGAGUAAUAAAUCUAUUUAACAAUAACAAGGAGAGAAGAAAAAAAGGAAUCGGUUUAAAAGGAACUAAGUACGCAGUGUUCACAUUGAUCAUUUAUUUUUACACAAAUUUAUAUUUGCUACAUUGAUAUGUAUAUUGAUAACGUAUAGCUUGAAGUGUACUUAUAUAAGUGAGCGAAUUAAAACAUACGUUGUCAUAGGUAACAAGACAUUAAUGCACCGUUUCCUUCAGGACAUAUAUGAGAGUUGGACACAAAUUUGGAACAUUUCAUAACCGCGUAAACCAAUUUACCCUGAAACUAGCUUAAUACUUAAUAUGAAAUAAAAAUUUAGAAUGAAAAUAACGUGUAGAUAGUUUAUAAAUAUAUUUAUAUAUCACGUAUUUGUCGGAAUGUGUGUCUACCUAGCUUACUUUACUCGGAAUAGAAUUGUCGAAUUGGUUUGUUCCACUUCCGGUUCUUAGGACAACAACCGAGUGCACAUGUAGCUGUGGUAGAUGGUGACUUGUCGCCGUUUUCAACGCAAAUAAAUUGUAUUUUUUACCUGUCAGGGGACUAUUUAGAAAGUAUCAUGGGUAAAAAGAAGGCAGGAGGACUUGGCAGAGCUUUGAUAAAGGAAAGACUUCAGACAAGCCGAGGCAACAAGAGGGGCGACUCAUGGCUGCACACCAGUGAGCUGAAUGACGGCUAUGAUUGGGGGCGCUUGAACCUGCAGUCAGUGACCGAACAAAGCUCUAUGGAUGACUUCCUGGCCACCGCGGAACUGGCAGGAACAGAGUUUGUUGCAGAGAAACUCAACAUCAGGUUUGUGCCGGCAGAAGCUAGAGCAGCUUUGCCAUCCGCUGAGGAGAUCAAGAGACUGAAAAACCUGCAGGAAGACCACAAACAUUUUCUCAGAAUUCCUCGACGCCCCCCAUGGGACGAAAGCACCAGCCCAGCUGCUCUCCAGCAGGCAGAGAGAGACAGCUUCCUGGAGUGGAGGAGAGAGCUUGCACAGCUGGAAGAGGAACAGAAGCUGAUCCUCACUCCGUUUGAGAGGAACCUGGAGUUCUGGAGGCAGCUGUGGCGGGUCAUCGAGAGGAGUGACGUCGUCGUUCAAAUUGUCGACGCGCGAAAUCCUUCAUUGUUCAGAUGUCCCGACCUGGAGGCAUACGUCAAGGAGAUGUCGGAGAAUAAGGUGAACAUGCUGCUCGUGAACAAGGCAGACCUGCUGACCAGGGAGCAGAGGAGAGCCUGGGCCACACACUUUGAGAAGGAAGGCCUGAGGGUGGUGUUCUGGUCUGCUCUGGCUGAAAGCAACAGGCUGGAUGCAGAGGAGAAGGGCAUGGAGACGCAGCAUCCACAAUCUGAAGAGAGCGACCAAGAAGACGGAGCCCAGCCCGACAACGAAGACUUGGCCUGGAAGGGGUCAGAUGAGGAGGAGCUGCGGGACGAGAUAAGAGUGGAGGAGGAGGAGUGGUUCACCUGCUCUGAAGACGAGGGGCAGGAGGAGCAGGCUCAUGAGGCCACCUUGCGUAAUUCUAGCCGUCUGCUGCACAAGGACGAGCUGUUGGAGAUGUUCAAGGCGGUUCACAGUGGACCCCGAUGUAAAGACGGCCAACUGACCGUUGGACUGGUUGGCUAUCCCAACGUGGGGAAGAGUUCAACCAUCAACACCAUCCUAAGAAACAAAAAGGUGUCUGUCUCAGCGACUCCUGGACACACCAAGCACUUUCAGACUUUAUUUGUAGAGCAAGGAUUGUGCUUGUGUGACUGCCCGGGCCUUGUUAUGCCCUCAUUCGUGUCCACCAAAGCUGAGAUGAUCUGCUGUGGGAUCCUGCCCAUCGACCAGAUGCGAGACCACGUACCGGCAGUCUCCAUGGUCUGCCAAACGAUCCCUCGGCACGUGCUCGAGGGCACCUAUGGCAUCAACAUCAUCCGGCCACGAGAGGACGAGGACCCUGACAGACCCCCCACCUCCGAGGAGCUUCUGAUGGCUUAUGGAUACAUGAGAGGCUUCAUGACGUCACACGGCCAGCCCGACCAGCCCAGAUCUGCUCGCUACAUCCUUAAGGAUUACGUUAACGGAAAACUUCUGUACUGCCAACCUCCUCCUCAUAUCCACGCCGAUGACUUCCAGCCGCAACACAGCAAAUUCCAAAGAAAAGAUUCGCUCGACUGCGACUUCUCUUUGACCUCAAACAAACAGAAAGUCAAGAGAAUUGAGAAUGUGGUGGACAAGAACUUCUUCCAUGCGGAAAACGUUCGAGCCCUAGCCAAAGGAGUCCAGUCCGUCAUGGGCUACAAACCCGGCAGCGGAAUCGUCGCCCCGGGAAAAGCCGUGACGGACACCACAGUGGGCAAACCCUGGAAAAAACACGGCAACAGAAACAAGAAGGAGAAAGUGCGUCGGCUUAACAAGCAUCUCGAUGCCUAAAUCGCUGGUUCCGGUUUGGCUGCCAGACCCGCCAUCACCUGAUUGGACAUUUGUCUUUUUAAUUGAAGGGAUGCUCUUCUCCAGCAGAUAUCUGCAGCUGUGUGUCGCUCCCAUCUCAAGUCCCGCUCAAGUUUGACAAAGUCGCCUAUGAACAUAGCACAGACAAGAACACGAGGUGCUUUCACAGACAUCGGGUCAUUUCAUUGUUAUUAUUUCUGCCCAGGCACAGACGUUAGAUCCGCGACCCACAGCUGAGAAUCACUGGCCAAGAUGAUCCCAAACUGGAACACUAAUAUCAGACAUGAUUUCAACUCUUAAGUACACAUCACGUGAACAUGAAAGUUUCAUAAUCCUGAUAUGAAUUCAGACGUGCAUCAUCUAGUCCUGGGCUGAUCAGACUGUAGUAAGAUAUUACUGUACAGGAUAUCUAAACAGCUUGGGUUAAGGUACCAGAUCCAUUUAUUGGAUACCUGAUUACGAGAGUGUCAAAGAAUAAAACCUGCCCGACCCUUA